AGCCUCAAGUCCUGAGGCGCUUGGCGGAGGAGGCUGACGAACCUCCCUGAACCGCAGAGUCGUACCUGGAGGAGGCGCCACGAGGGGUGACAGGUGUGGGCUCUGGGGCCACAUUUGAACCUAACUCCAGUUGGCGGAGGAGGAGAAGGAGGAGGAAGGGACCGGGCCGGGUCCCCGAUCCUCGCACCCCGGAUGGAUGUUCCCGGCCCGGUGUCCCGACGGGCGGCGGCGGCCACCAUGCUCCUGCGCACGGCUCGGGUCCCCCGCGAGGGCUGGUUCUUGCCCACCUCGCUGCUCUGCUUCUAUGGCUUCUUUGCCAACCUCAGGCCGUCCGAGCCCUUCCUGACUCCGUACCUGCUGGGGCCCGACAAGAACCUGACGGAGCGGGAGGUCUUCAAUGAAAUCUAUCCGGUGUGGACCUACUCGUACCUGGCGCUGCUGUUCCCCGUGUUCCUCGCCACGGACUACCUCCGCUACAAACCCGUUGUCCUGCUGCAGGGGCUCAGCCUGAUCGUCACGUGCUUCAUGCUGCUCUACGCCCAGGGGCUGCUGGCCAUUCAGUUCUCGGAAUUCUUCUUUGGCAUCGCCACAGCCACGGAGGUCGCCUAUUACUCGUACAUCUACAGUGUGGUAGACCUGAGCAGGUACCAGAAAGUCACAAGUUACAGUCGAACUGCCACUUUGGUGGGCUUCACAGUGGGCUCUGUCGUUGGGCAGGUCCUCGUCUCCGUGGCAGGCUGGUCCCUGUUCAGCCUGAAUGUCAUCUCUCUUACCUGUGUUUCUGUGGCUUUUGCCGUGGCCUGGUUUCUGCCUAUGCCACAGAAGAGCCUUUUCUUUCACCACGUUCAUCCCACCUGCCUAGGAGUGAAUGGCGUCAAGGUACAAAACAGUGGCAUUGUUACUGAUACCUCAGCUUCUCACCACCUUCCCGGGUGGGAGGAUGUUGAGUCAAAAAUCCCCCUACAUGCGGAGGAGCCUCCCAUGGAGGAACCGGAGCCCCGGGCAGACCGUCUCCUGGUGCUGAAGGUACUGUGGAAGGACUUCUUGGUGUGCUACUCCUCCCGCCCUCUGCUCUGCUGGUCAGUGUGGUGGGCGCUCUCCACCUGUGGCUACUUCCAGGUCAUCAACUACACACAGGGCCUGUGGGAGCAGGUGCUGCCUUCUCGCCGCGCUGCUGUCUACAACGGAGGCGUGGAGGCCGUGUCCACUCUGCUGGGUGCUGUUGCCGUUUUUGCAGUUGGUUAUGUAAAAAUACCCUGGUCCACUUGGGGAGAAAUGACGCUGUCCCUGUUCUCUCUCCUGAUUGCGGCCGCAGUGUACACCAUGGACACUGUGGGGAACAUUUGGGUGUGCUACACGUCCUAUGUUGUCUUCAGAAUCAUCUACACGUUACUCAUCACUGUAGCAACUUUCCAGAUAGCCGCCAACCUGAGCAUGGAGCGCUACGCUCUGGUGUUCGGUGUGAACACCUUCAUUGCUCUGGCCCUGCAGACGGUGCUCACGCUCAUCGUGGUUGAUGCCAGUGGCCUCGGCUUAGAGAUUACUACUCAGUUUCUGAUCUACGCUGGUUAUUUUGCACUUAUUGCUGUGGUUUUCCUGGCUAAUGGUACAGUCACUAUUAUGAAGAAAUACAGGAAGCAGGAAGAUCCAGCGCCAAGUUCUCAAGUAACCACUUCAUAAUGUACCGCGGACAAGCUCCUCCUUACAGCAAGACCUCUGCACAACCACAGCCUCUUGAUGUAUUUAAUUUCUUAAGGUGUAGACAUAUAUUUGUGAGUGCAUUUCAUGGCUUCAGAGCAGCCAACUGACGAUACCUGUGUUCCUUAGAGCAGCAUAGUAGUGUCCAGAGGAGCAGAAGUGAAGCUUAUUUUGUGGAUUAUUUAAGGAUGACUUUUAUCUGACUGAAAAGGGAACUUGAUUUUGAAAACCAAGUUACCAGCAAGCAGCACAUGCUGUUGUACACUCGAUAGCAAGUGAGUUCGGUGUGUCAUAGGUCAAGUACUUGUUUUCUGAUUAGCCAGUGGGCCCCGUGGGGACCAGGGCUUCCUGGGGACCACGACAUGUUACAGCUCAAGACAGAAAUAUGCUGUAACGGCACCUGCCUCUGUUCAACUUAAUUCUUAUUUAGUGUUUCUCAUGAGCAUUUGUGUUUCUACAGACAAAAGUUGUUCUAAUCAGAAGCAAUAUUUGCUCUGGUUUGGUGUCCUGUCCUAUAAGGAGUAUGUCAUUUCUAGUAAGUUAUUUUUUAAAAAUUCAUUAUAUGAAUGUUCUCAGUUCCCAUCUUGACAGUUAUUUGUGUCGAUUUUUGUUAGAAGUACAUGUUUGCAUUAUUCAUAUGCUUCCCAGAGAAGCUCAUUUAGUUAGAAAAUAAGGCGAGUUUUGAUGCCUGCUAAUAAUUUGAACGAAGAGACCUAAUCAGAAAAUGUGAGAUAGGCUUCCUCGUCUUUUAUUCUUCAGUAUGAAGGGCUGUUAAUUCCAUGACAAAAAGUUAGAAUAUGGGCUAAAGAUAUAACUGGCCCACUCUGUAUUUACAUACCCUUUUAUUUCUAAAAUAAAAUGAAAAAGUCUUUUUUAAAAAAAUAACUUCAUCUCCAUUUGGAGCUUUUAUAUUUAUCCUCCUCAUCCAAGAUGAAGGUGUCAGUAGUAGUUGGAUUAUUCCAAGGCCUUUUCCAUAAACUGAGCCUCUUUUUGAUUAUUUCAAUGGGACAGGAACCAGGAUAGAUGUGAUUCCUGCAUUUUGUACAUUAAAUCUGCCUUUGCUUCUAAGAGUGGAUCAUCUUGAAUGUUUGCUUAAAAUAACAACUGCUAGUGAUUCCAUUUCCAAGGUACUUGAACACAUUAUUAUAUAUACAUUUAAUCCUCAAAUCAGUCUACCAGGUGGCUGCUAGAGUAUGUGAGACAUAAAAAUUUUUAAACUUUAAUCUUCACUGUAUUUUUUUUCAUUGCCAUUUAGUCCCCUCACACCCCCCCCCCCUGCAAUCACUACACUGUUGGCCAUGUCCCCGAGUCCUUUUCCCUUUUUGCUUUAUCCUUCUAUUUUAAAACUAUUUUAAAGCCAACUUUGUUGCCUUAUCUUGAAAAGAAUCUAGAUAGCUGUUUUCAGUUAGGGGUGUUAACUUUUUUUAGAAUAACACAGCUAAACAGUGUGAGUAAUAAUGUCAAGAUUGCAAAACUGACAUUUAUUGGUUUAAGCAGAAGCUCUAGAAGUAAAUGAAUAGGGUAAGAAUUGGUCAUUUUCCAUUCAACCUCUUUUCAGGUAGAGGGAAGGGAAAAAUACUAACUAAGGAAGGGAAAAGGAAGGGAACGUGAUGUCAUAAAAGUAGUAGACUCUAUUUUAUUUUGCAACAUAGGGGACUGUUUACUCAGAAACAAAUGGAAAAGUGGUAUUUGAGGGGUUUUAUUUAAUUUUUUAACACAAACUGGACUGUGGUGCAAUCAAAUUGUUCAUGUUACCAAAGCAUCAUUUCCCUGGAAUUUAAAUUGAAGUUUGCGGCACACAAAUGGAGCCUUUACAUAAGACACUAAUAAGUUCAUUUCUUGGUGUGUGGCUGUAUUUGUAGAAUGCUGACCCCUGUUGCAAGUUGUACUGUACGUAGUUUUGCAAAGUGGAAAUAAUUUGUUGUACUUUUUAUUCAAGUCUGUAUAGAUUAUAAAAUUAUUUUUAUUAAAUAAAUAUUUUACAGUAUAUUUCCCCUUUUCAUCAAAAUUAUUUUAAGUUAAUAACUUCUCUUAAGACAAAUUUCAUAUUAAGCUUUCCCCUCACCUGACCUUGGUAAUUAACCUUGUAUCCCGUUCAUUCUUCCAUUGCUUUGUGAUCAUUACCUUUGGCUCUUCCCUUUAUUUCUGUUGUUUUCCUAAUUUUUUCUAGCACUGCAUUGCACUGUCCAUUUCUCUCGAUCUUCAUCUUGACACUUCUCACCUCUGUUUUUAAGGCAUUCUCCCUUUUAGAAACUGGAAAAACUCACAUUCCCUUUAAUGUUAACUGAAUUUUAAAAAUAAAGUAAAUUAAACCAAAUCAAGGGCAGAAGCUACCAUCUUGUUUUUGUUCCAGUCCCAAAUAUUCUGAUACCCAGGGAAGCAUCUUCUUGCCAUCAAUCGAGAAUCAUUUGUUCAUCAUAUCCCGGAAACCAAGUCAAUUUUUUCUCACA